GUCAGCUAUCUACACAGUUUUCCGUUUAUAGUUACGAACAUGUGUUCAAUGUAUGUUUUGUUUACAAUAAUAAGAAAUUCACUGAUAUUCUAAUACAAUAAGUUUUUAUUUAAUGACAGUUGAAAAUAAGUGAUAAAAAAAUAAAAAUUUAUUGUUUUCAAUGGCGUCCGGUAGUAGUAAAAUUAAAAAAUUACCACCAAUCCCGGGAACAAAACCAUCAACACAUAAUGCUCAACUCUUUAUUUCUACAGGAAUUCCAUCUCUUGAUCAUGUAAUAGGAGGUGGUUUACCUAUUGGAUCAAUAUUUUUGAUUGAAGAGGACAAAUAUGGAAACUAUGCAAAUGUUAUGUUAAAAUAUUUUAUUGCCGAAGGAAUAGUUGUUUCUCAUGAUAGUUUUAUUGCAUCACGAGGAUUAAAAAUUGAACAAUUUCUAUCGGAAAUUCCUGAUGUUGCAACAGAUACACCAAAGGAGAAUAAAAAUGAUAUUAAAGAUGAAAUGAAAAUUGCAUGGAGAUAUCAAAAUUUAAAAAUAGUUGAUACAUCACCAUCUGGUAGUAACAAAUUUGGUCAUUUUUUUGAUCUUACAAAAGGUAUGGAUAGAAAAAAAAUUGAUAUGACACAAGUCACACAAUGGAAUGGAGAAAAUUUAAAAUUCAAAUCAACUAAUUUUAAAAAACAGGAAUAUGUUGAUUUAUUGAAAUCAAUAGAGGAAACAAUUUCAAAUGGACAAUUUUUGGUGUCAAAUUCACCGGAGAAGAGAAAUAUUUUACGAAUAGCAAUACGAUCAUUAGGAUCAUGGCCAUGGAUGUGUGACGAGGAAAAUGAUACAAAAAGUGAUCUUUUAAAAUUUAUUUAUUGUUUUAGAGCAUUAUUAAGGAGCUCUUAUGCUGUUGCGACAAUUACAUUUCCUGCACAUUUGUAUUCUGAUAAAGAUGCUAUGAUAGAAAGAUUGGAACAUCUUUCAGAUACGGUAGUAAGAUUGGAGUCAUUUGCUGGUUCUGAUAAGGAAACAAAUGUUGUAUUCAAAGAUUAUCAUGGCUUGUUGCAUAUAAAAAAACUCUCAGCGUUUAAUACUUUAGUGUCACAUUGUCCACACUCCACUGAUUUGGCAUUCAAAUUAAGGAGGAAAAAAUUUCUCAUUGAGGUUUUACACAUACCACCAGAGUUGGGAGACACUGCACAACGUGAACAAGACGAUGUUUCUUGUGGUGGUGGUGGAAGCUCAAAACAAAGUGUACUUGACUUUUAAUAAAAAUAAUAUAUUUUCAAAAUUUGUUACAAAAAAAAAUUUAUUUCAUCCAUUAGAAAAAAGAGCCGGUUAUUAAUAAUUUAUUGGCCAAUUUUGAUUUGUCCAAUUUGAAGUUCCCUUCGAAUUUAUUUUGGCAAAUUGAUUUUCGUCCACUUGCAUUUUCUAAAACAUUAAUAUUCAAACAAAUGAAUAUUCUGUAAAAUUAAUAAUCUACAGAAUAAGAUUCUAUCAAAUCAUAAUUCUAAAAAAUUUUUUAUAUUAAAAUAAAUAAUUUAAACUUAUAAAUUUGUUAAAAUUCAAUGCAAAAUUAUUUUUUAAAUAUAAUAAAAUAUAAUAAAGAAAAUUAGAUAAUUUAUUUUCCAUUAAACUCGUACAUAAUUUUAAAUAAUACUUUUACAAAUUGCCUAUUAAAAUAAAUGAAUAAAACAUGAUUUUAACAAAAAGUACAUAGAUAUAUAUUUCUCAAAAAUUGUGUGAAUUAAAGUGAUGUUAAUAUGUAAAUAGUUAUGUACAAUAGAAAUGAGUAUAUUUUUACUUUUAGAAUUUUAUAAAGUUAAUAAUAUUUUAUUUCAAAUAAUAAAAUACAAUAAAUAUUGUCUUUCCUACAAGUGUUAGAAUUGAGAAUUUACGUGAUAAUUGUUGUAAAUUCGAAAAUAAGGUGACAAUGUAAACAGAAUUUUCCACAAAAUAAUUUUCGACUCCUAGAAAUACAUAAUUAAUUAAUUUAUUUCCCCAUCUUCGGCAAUAUAAAAGCUACAAAACUAUCGUAAAAUAAUUAGACAUCUUCCAAGAGUUCUCACAAUCAGUACAAGAAUUUACAUACAUUUGGCUAUAAGUCCAAAAUCUAUAAAAUUAUAACCAACUGCAAGUUAUAUAUCAGAGAAAAAUGUUGAAAUUGUGCUUUUUAUUAUUAAUUGUGACGACGGUUGUAUUAAAGGAGAUGCACUUGAAUCAUUUCAAAAUUUAAAUAAAAAUGAUAUUGAUUUUUCCGAAAUUAACGAAAUAUGAAAUGAAAAAAUAAUAUAUAUAAUAUAUAAUUUAUAAUUAUUUUUAAUUAUAUCAAUUCGUUUUAAUGCAAGGAACACAAUUAUUUUAUAUUUAAACUUGAAUUUAAAUAAAUAUAAAAUUUUUCAGCUCAAA